CUAGAUUUUAAAGUCUCUACAACUACAAAACUGCACACAUAAUAUUUGAGUAAAAUUUAUAUUUUAUUCAGCUAAACAAGAUGGACAAGAUAAUGAUUUGCAUCAUCGGAUCGGGCAACUGGGCCACGACUAUAGCCCGUAAUGUUGGCAGGAAUGUGAUUAAUUCGCAAACGCUUGACGAAAAGGUGCCAAUGUAUGUGUACGAGGAAAUGGUUGAUGGCCGAAAACUCACGGAAAUCAUCAACACCACCCACAUAAAUACCAAGUACAUGCCGAACUUUGAACUGCCGCCAAAUAUUGUUGCCGUGGAUGAUAUUGUGACCACGGCCAGAGAUGCAGACAUUAUAAUUUUUGCCAUUCCGCCGACUUUCGUUAGCAGCUGCUGCAAAACUCUACUCGGAAAAGUUAAGCCCACUGCCCAUGCAGUUUCAUUGAUCAAAGGAUUCGAACGCGGCGAUGAUGGGCAAUUCGUCCUAAUUUCCCAGAUUAUUAUGAGGCAGCUAAAGAUUCCCUGUUCAGUCCUAGUGGGUUGCAAUUUGGCCCACGAAAUAGCCAAUGACCACUUUUCAGAGGGAACAGUUGGCUGUCGAGAUCAGAAAUAUUUUCGAGUUCUGCACGACAUUUUUAAGUCGCCCACUUUUCGUGUUGUGGUUACUGAAGAUGCAGACUGUGUUGAGAUAUGUUCCACUUUAAGGAACAUAAUUGCCUUUGCGGCUGGAUGCUCUGAUGGAAUGGAGUUGAAUGAAAACACAAAGGGAGGGAUUAUUCGCAGAGGUUUUCUGGAGAUGCUUCAGUUUGUGGAUGUAUUUUAUCCCGGCUGUCGCAUGGGGACCUUUUUCGAGUCCUGCGGAAUAUCUGACUUGGUAACCAGUUGUUAUGCAAAUCGCAAUCGAAAGUUAGCCGAAGCGUUUGUGAAAACAGGUAAGCCUUUGAGUGAAUUGGAGCACAUUCUCAUUCCAGGACAUGAGCCACUGGGUCCAGUGACUGCUGAAUUAGUUCAUCAUAUGCUAAAAAAGAAGGGCUUGGAAGAUAAAUUCCCUCUGUUCACAACUGUGUACAGGAUUUGCACAGGAGAUUAUCCAUUACAUCGCCUGGUGGAAACUCUGAUUAAAGCACGCGAGGACAUAUUCCAUCCGCUCCAUACUUUCCAGCUUUGAGGGGUUUCGUUUCACGUGUAAUAAGAUUUAAAUAAAACAGCUUUGGGAUGCAGAAAUGCAACCGAAUAACGCGGCAA